AUGAUCAACCAAGUGUCUGAUUCGGUUUCGGUCGUUAUUGACGGCGUAACAUUCCAAACUAAUCAGAUCCAUGAGAAUGUCAAUGCUACCCUAAAGGCUCUAACUGAGUGGGAUCUUCAGGAUCUGCAACGACAUGGUUCGACUAGCAACUUUGCCCUCGAUGCGUACGACCCUCCUGCUACUUAUUGCCCUCAAAGCCUUGAUAAUCUUCUAACGAGUGCUUUCAUUAGUGUUAAUCAAAAUGGCGGCGAGUUUGGUCUAUCGAAUACUUACACUAAUGCUGGAGAUAAGGAGCGCGCUCUAUGCACGAGUGUUGCUACUGCGGCGGGCAAAACCGAUUACACUGGAACGCUUGCUGCUGAUAUUACCGGAUCGGUUUCUAAUGCAUCCGCGGUCGCAAAGCCCCAGGUGCAUGUUGCGAGUGGGGUAGAUGUCGGUGUUGUCGAGCCGUUCUAUGCUGCGCACUACGAUUCGCUUUGUUCCUUGACGGGCAUGACGACGAGCAUCGCCGGUCAGCUCAAGCCAUCAAAUCUCGCGAAUUUCCUGCCCAACAUGCGUGUUGGUAAUACCUGCCCAGUUCUAUAUAAUAUUGCUUCUCUUCCACUCGGUGCAUCGGUUACAGUCAAGGCUGAUGUUGAUGGAGGAGUGCACGCGAAGUCUGGUUUGACUCCUCCUCAGGCCUUCUGUCGGUUGCUUGUCCCGACGUACAUGCCUAAUCCGACGGCUGACCAUGCUGUCGUUCAGAAGAAAAGCUUCCGCUACUUUGAGCGCAUGACUAAUAAAUUCACUGUCCAGGCUGGUCAAGCAUUUACCUAUACGCUAACCAAUGGUUUGGCUAGUCCUAAGAAAAUCUUCCUGCAGCCGAUUGUCACCAAUACGGCGUUCGGCCAAGCUGCUAUGCCCGAUGUCAUCAACCCUCUUCGUUCUCCGUUCGCGACGAUUCCUGCUACCACCAGUCUGUUUGCGAGUCUGCGCAAUCGUCAGCCGACUGUUGGUAAUAUCCCGAUCUGGAACAAUCCUGUAAAUUUCGGUUACGAUAUCAAAUCUGGUCUGUUGAGUCAGCGUCAGUGGGAGUCAGGGUAUGGCUUUGUGGCUGUUGAUAUUGGUCGUCGUCUGCCUUCGGAAGACGGUACUAGUAAGGCUAUCGUGAUUUCCGGCACGAACAACACUAAUAUGCCUCUAACGGUCUAUUACCAAACCUGGCGCGAUGCCGUGGCUACGGUCGACACCGCGAUGGGCACGGUGAGCCAGGUCGCUACUCAGGUUUAA